AUGGAUUCAGUUCCGGUAAUUGUUGUUUCCGGUAAUUGGCCAAAUGAUAGCGAAGGAGUUGGUGAUCUGUUAUUCAACAGGAAAGAUGAGAUUCGUACGUUCGAGGUUGUCUCUCGUUACGGUCACGGUCCUAAGCUUCUAGGCCGGUUUGCUGGCGGUAGAAUCGAAGAGUUUAUUAAUGCCCGGAUGUUAUCGGCAGCUGAUCUACGUGAGACCGCAGUAUCUGCUCGGGUCGCGGCUAAGCUAAGAGAAUUUCACUGUAUAAACAUCCCUGGUGAUAGAAAUGUGGUCAUUUGGGAUAGGAUGAGGAAUUGGCUUAGACAAGCCAAGAGUAUGUGUACAUCUGAAGAUUCAGCAGAGUUUUGUCUAGACAACAUUGAAGCUGAGAUAAACUUGAUGGAAUAUGAGCUGCACAAGGAGCGUAAGAAACAGGAGAUUGGGUUUUGUCACAACGAUUUACAGUAUGGUAACGUAAUGAUUGAUGAGGACACCAAUGCCAUUACUAUCAUUGACUACGAGUACGCUAGUUAUAACCCAGUUGCAUACGACAUUGCAAAUCACUUCUGCGAAAUGGCCGCAAAUUACCAUUCUGAGACUCCCCAUAUCUUAGAUUACACUCUAUACCCAGGAGAAGAGGAACGACGAAGAUUCAUCCAUAACUAUCUCAGCGCUUCAGGCAAAGAACCAAAGGAGGAAGACAUAAAACAGCUCUUGGAUGAUGCUGAGAAGUACACAUUGGCAAGCCAUCUCUUCUGGGGCUUAUGGGGAAUCAUCUCGGGGUAUGUGAACAAGAUCGACUUCGAUUACACCGAGUACUCAAGACAGAGAUUCAAACAGUACUGGCUUCAAAAACCUAAGCUCUUAUCUUCCUUCUCCUCUUAAACUGUAUGUUUCAAGCACCAAAUGAUGUAACGCAAAGUUGUAACCAAAUCUAAUCAAUUCUAAAAGCCAAUCCAAAAACC